AUGGGAACCCUGCGGUCCUGCGGAUCAUGGAUUCGCACUGACACAUCGCCCGGGCGCGAUUCCAGACCGGAUCGAGAUCCGCACAGCUAUAGCGCUGGCACCCUGGGGCGUCCCGCCAGCUGUGGCUCGCAGCUUGUGGCAGAAGAAUCUUGUUUCUCUGCCCUGUUUUGGUCUCGGCCGGCCAAUCACCGUCUCCCAGGCCAGAGUUCCGUCAACUACACGACAGCAUACCCACCAUGGGAUCCCAUGGCACGAACCCGUGGGCCGCCAGAACCGAGCAGCCGAGAGCUGGCUCCGGGCUGGCUUUCAAGGUUCUCUUCAUACACACCCCCCUAUGCGGACCGGACAGAGGAGAAAGGAGCAGCCACAACAUCCAAGCAUACGCCCCUACCCCCCGGUCUCCUGUACGAAACUGAUCUGCAUGCCGCCGGUCUGGGCCCUGAAUGCUGGACUCUGAUAGCCGCAUUUGUGGCUUGA